AUGUCUCCUGAUACUCAGGCAUCGACGCUCACUACUCUACAACCCCUGACUCAGACGUUGAGCCAGAAGUCGAUCAUCACAACAGAUGACCCAUCAUAUAAGCUUCACUCGGAGCCGUUUGCUAUUCAGAAGCAGCUUUAUCCGUCGGUGGUCCUCAUUCCAAGCACCAUCGAAGAGCUCUCUUCCAUUGUACGAUUCUUGUACUCCUCGAGCUUGGACUUUGCUAUCCGAGGUCAUGGGUUCAAGUCGCCUUCCGCCAAAGACGUAAUCAUUAGCAUGCUAAACUUCAAGAGCCUGCAAUAUGACUCGACAAGGAAGAUUGCUAUAGUUGGUGCGAGUGCGACUUGGGAAGAAGUAGUGGGGUUCAUGGAACAAGUUGACCCCAAGUAUUCAGUGCCGGCGGCCCGUACACCAAGCAUCGGAGUCACAGGAUCCAUCUUGAAUGGCGGUCUUUCCUGGAUGUCCACCGAGUAUGGCGGUAUCAGCGAUCCCAUCAACUUCCUAGACGCAGAGGUAGUCAAGUACGAUGGCACGGUCGUCAUGGCAUCUCGGGAGCCAGAUCUUCUCUGGUCCCUCCGGGGAGGUGGCGGUGGCUUCGGCAUCGUUACCAAGGUUCUUCUCCGCGCACAUCCGUACCCAACUGACAUCUGGUCCGGAAUUGUGCUCCUGCCGCGGCGUCUCUUGGCGCAGAUGAUUGAUGAGCUAGUGGAAUUCAAUCACUCUAUGCCUCAUCCCAAGGUCAAUUACUUCAUGUACUUGAUGCCCAAGCAACUUCUUCACACAGUUCUGGAGAACCCUAAGCCUGAUGUGGAGGACUCGGUCAUCUUUCAUCUUUACGACGCCUUGGGUGAGAAGCAUGGCCGAGCUACCUUCCGUUGGGUCCUUGAGAAACCCGGGGCAAUUGAUCGGACAAGAGUUACCAACAUGAAAGGUGUCAUCGACAUGCAGAGAAAUGCAAAUGUGAUGCGAGGCACAAUGAAGACACUGUACGCGCCCAUGGCAGUGGCCGACUUGGAUAGCCGCACAGUCACGCGAGCUAUUGAGUUUUAUGACAAUAUAGCGAAACUAGACCAAUCUAUACACGAUAUGUCUACAGUCAUCUUCGAGUUCCUGUUGCUCCGACCCCCAAUCGGUGGUACAGCAGAGGUUGCCUGGCCUCGAUCCAACAACUUGAAUCACCUGCUGCUAUUUAUCAUUAGCUGUCCGGGAAAUGGAUCAGAUGAACAAGAAAAAAUCAUUCGUCAAAUAUCCAACGAUGCGCCUAGUCAGGUUUUGGGCCCAGAAACUCAAGCAGAAGUCAAUCCUGCUGGUCUUGAGCCAUCAUAUCACGAUGCAAAAGGGGUAUACCGGGACCAUUUUGAGACAUUGGUGGAAAUACGACGUCGUUAUGAUCCCAACAAGCGCUUCCAAUCAUUCUUCUAA